GACCGCGACAACUUCUGUGAUGAAUGCCAACCUCUUGCUCUUCAAGACGGUGAUUGCUGGGGAUGGUUGGGGCGAGCUAGCUGUUCCAGUGAUCCUGGCGGCGCCUGAGACGUCUGUGGUGUUCAUAGGAGCCUUUCUGACGAUUGUCUUCGGUGUGCUCAACCUCAUAGUUGCAGUGGUAGUUGAUCAGUUCGCAGAAGCUCGGGAGCGUGAUGUGCUCAACUUGGCAGAAGAGCUCGACUAUGACAUGAGGACAGACAGGAUCCGUUUAAAGAAGAUGUUUGACCGCAUCGACAAGGAUGGUGAGGGCCAGCUCUCCUUGGAGCAGUUGAUCCGGGGAGCCCGCAAUGAUGCCGAACUGCACAGUCGCCUCAAGGUCAUGGACAUUGACGAAGGCGAUCUGAAUGAACUCUUCCACAUGAUCGAUGUGGAUGGUUCCGGCACCAUUGAGCUGGAGGAGUUCAUUCGGCCCCUCAGCAGGUGGGUGCACGAGCCUCGCUUCUUUGAUUAG